UCUCUCCAAGCCGUGCUCAUAUAGCUCUCCUCUCCCCUCCCGAUCGGUCUCCUCUUCCCCCCACCUCCGCCUCGGCGUCGCGCCGCCUCAAGCAAGCACAGCAGGAGCAAGAGGGAUCGACGACGAGAAGGAGAAGGUCCGAUUCGUCGGCUCUCGAGCUUAGGUUUUUAAAACGGAUCAAAUAGUAUUCUUUGUCUGGCGGAUAUUUCAAGGCCUACUCCGGAAGGAAUGCCCUUGUGCAACCGGCAAAAAAAAGUGCCUCCGUGCCAUGUUUUUUAUCUCUUUUGCAGUUGCAGGGGGAGAAACCCUAAACUUUCUAGUGGAAAAGACACUUCUGUGGUGUUAACAAUGUCCAGAUAUAGGUUUAUCAUGAGCAAUAUCUAGCCCUUCAUGAUGUCUUAAAUUGGAUUACAAGUCUUUUGUUCUUUCAAUUCACAUUGUUCUUCUAAUAUUAACGACUUUGAAUAAGUGUGCAGAUUAGGUUAAAAGAUACUGGGAUUAGGGUUUUCUUGCGAGAGAUUUAUAAUGUUCCAAUCACACAGUGGUUUCAGGGGUAAAGUCACAGGAAUCAUACUUGUUGGUGAUCUCAAAAGUUAAAAUAUAACAUAUGAAACUUGUUUAUUUGGCUGCAUAUGCUCUUUUUUUUUGUCUAGUUUUCCUUCUGUAAUGCGCUAUGCGACUGUAAAUCGAGGUAUUUCUUUCUCCCUUAGUAGUUACCAGAUAAGCCAUUCGCAUACAUUGAAGCACUUGUUGAGAUUUGAUUGAUGAAUCAUGACAUUCUUUUAUCCUUUUGACUCUAUACAGCUCAAGUGCAGGUGAAUUGUUUUGUAAGUCAUGGCGGAGCAUUUGGCUUCAAUUUUUGGGACUGAGAAGGAUAGGGUCAACUGCCCCUUCUACUUCAAGAUUGGGGCUUGCCGUCAUGGAGAUCGUUGCUCCCGUCUGCACAAUAGGCCAACUGUGUCACCAACUAUUGUGCUUGCUAACAUGUAUCAGCGUCCGGAUAUGAUUACACCAGGAGUUGAUGCUCAAGGUCAGCCUAUUGAUCCUGAAAAGAUGCAGGAGCACUUUGAGGAUUUCUAUGAGGAUAUCUAUGAGGAACUGAGCAAGUUUGGUGAGGUCGAGACCCUCAAUGUCUGUGAUAACCUUGCUGACCACAUGAUAGGGAAUGUCUAUGUCCAGUUCAGGGAGGAAGAACAGGCAGUCGCCGCUCAUAAUGCUCUUCAAGGUCGCUUCUACUCGGGGCGCCCAAUAAUUGUUGAGUAUUCCCCUGUGACCGAUUUUCGUGAGGCGACCUGUAGGCAGUUUGAGGAGAACAGCUGCAACCGUGGUGGCUACUGUAAUUUUAUGCAUGUAAAGCAGAUUGGUAGGGAACUGAGGAGGAAGCUCUACGGGGGACGUUCCCGGAGGAGCCAUGGUAGAAGCCGCAGCCCAAGCCCACGUCACAGGAGGGGCAACCGUGACCGUGAUGAUUUCCGCCCCCGUGACCGUGAUGGUUACCGUGGUGGUGGUGGUGGUGGUGGUGGUGACAGUUACCGUGGUGGCGGUGGCGGUGGUCGCAGGGGUGGAGGCAGCAGGUAUGACCGGUAUGAUGAUGGGGGAAGGCGCAGGCAUGGCAGCCCCCCGAGGCGUGCAAGGAGCCCAGUCAGGGAAAGUAGUGAGGAGCGCAGGGCGAAGAUUGAGCAGUGGAACCGUGAGCGGGAGGAAAAACAGUGAUGUCUCUAUGGCGAGCGGUUCAGGGCAAGGACUAUCAGCUGGAAUCGUCAUUUGCUGUUAUGAUCUAAAUUGAAAUUUAGCUUGUGUGGUUUGGUACUUAUGUUUGGCUUGAGUAAUGCAGGAUUCCAUCUAUUUUAUGGUUCGUGGAACAUGUAAACUGCCGUUUAUUUCUGAAUAUGCGAUGUUGGAUCUUCUGUCAGUCCA